AUGCAACUCCAAACGGGUCGACCAAAGGCGGAAAUGGUAGCGCUGGUGGUGGCAAAGACCACGGCUAAGCAGGCGGCAGGUUGUCCUCGUAGUCCUGGAAUCGAAGCAGAGGAUCUCUCUCAACCAACCUUGAAACCCAAGUCAAUUCUAAGAGGCUUGGAACCCAGUCCUAGUACUGGAAACAACAAGGCAACAUUUGCUAAGGUUACACCUGAUGUUAAGGUAUAUGAUCCUGGCAAGCCAGCUGCCACAAGAGAGAUUGAAGAUGGGAAGAAAGGGGACUCAGUGUUCUCUCAAGGUACAAGAAGAGAAAAGGCUUUGUCUCAGCAGAGAAGCUUGCUAAGAACUGGGGCAUUGGCUUAG